AGUCUUGCACAGGUGUACCGGCUCCUCCCCUUCAGUCUUGCACAGGUGUAUCGGCUCCUCCCCUUCAGUCUUGCCCAGGUGUAUCGGCUCCUCCCCUUCAGUCUUGCACAGGUUUACCGGCUCCUCCCCUUCAGUCUUGCACAGUUGUACCGGCUCCUCCCCUUCAGUCUUGCACAGGUGUACCGGCUCCUCCCCUUCAGUCUUGCACAGGUGUACCGGCUCCUCCCCUUCAGUCUUGCACAGGUGUACCGGCUCCUCCCCUUCAGUCUUGCACAGGUGUACCGGCUCCUCCCCUUCAGUCUUGCACAGGUUUACCGGCUCCUCCCCUUCAGUCUUGCACAGUUGUACCGGCUCCUCCCCUUCAGUCUUGCACAGGUGUACUGGCUCCUCCCCUUCAGUCUUGCACAGGUUUACCGGCUCCUCCCUUCAGUCUUGCACAGGUGUACCGGCUCCUCCCCUUCAGUCUUCCACAGGUGUACCGGCUCCUCCCCUUCAGUCUUGCACAGGUGUACCGGCUCCUCCCCUUCAGUCUUGCACAGGUGUACCGGCUCCUCCCCUUCAGUC